AUUUUUGAGUAACAUAUAAUCUUAAUAUAUAUUAUCAGUUUCCUUAUUCUAAUUGAAAGGUAGCAAUGAUUUUCAACAAGCUAUUCUCCAACCGCUCCCGAAACUGGCAUACCCCUGAGAUCCCAGAAGAGGGUAUUAUAAGGAACCCAAGGUGAAAGGAGCCACACGCUGCGAGAAAGCACCCACUACAGGCCCGAAGAGGAGUCCCAGACAGACGGAGAAGAUGCUCAAGUGGGCCGUCAACCAGCCGCGACCCUCGUACCUGGCAAGGGACGAGCUGAUGGCCGCCAGCGAGGCGGUGGGCUCCAGCUACAGCGAGUUCCACGCCCUGCGCGGCAAGCUCAGGAGGAAGUCGCUCUCGCUCUCCCUGGGCCUGGGCAAGGAGAACCAGCUGACCUCCACGCCUCUCCCGGCCAGCUCCCUGACGCUCCACACCCGCACGCCCCCGCUGAAGGACCUCAGCAACAUCCUGGCCACACCACCAUCGGCAGGGGGAGGAGGAGCCCCAGGAGCAGUGCCCUCCACAGCUGCAGCUCCACCCAAGUUCGCAUGCACCCUGCCCACCUUCGAGGCGGAGUACUCGCCCAACGCCACCGUCAUCCCGGGCUCCCUGAUCGCCCUGCGCGGCGUGGGCAUCCCGGACAGCUACUUCGAGAAGCCGCGCUACCUGGAGCAGAAGGACCUGCCCCAUCCCGCUCCGCCGGCCGCUGGACAGACCACACUCAGCUCCAGCCAGAUGGGCGAUGUCACGCUGGAGCGCAUGAUCGACGCCAUCCUGGAGAGCAACCGCAAGGUGCUGCCCAACGCCAGGCAGCCCAGGCAGCACCUCCGCCAGCGCCACCGGCAGCAGGUGCUCCGGAGCAGCCACAGCCACGCCCAGGUCCCCUCGCCCACCUACCGCCCCGCCUUCGAUCCGGCCAGCGACCUGUGCGAGUACUGGAAGUCGCCCUCGCGGAGGGAUUCCCUGCCAGCCGACGGCUUCGAGGAGCGGGAGGUGUGCUCCCCCGUGCCACUGGCCCCCAAUCCCGUCCAGUCGCAGGGCAAGAGGCACUCCCUGCAGCUGCGCAGGCAGCGGGUGGUGCGGCGCAAGCGCAAGAUCACCACCAAGAUCUCCUCCAGCGUCAGACAGUCGGCGCAGAAGCUGCUGGCGGCGGCCAGGUCGGGAUCAGGAGCAGUGUCCGCCCAGAAGAUGCGCCACAUCAGCCCGGACAGCGGGCACAACUCCACCAGCGACUGCGAGCUGGAGGAGGAGCACUGCCCGCUGAGCCGGGGACUGGGCGGCGAGGAGCUGGAGGACGCCUGCCAGCUGGACGCCAUGUGGCUGCAAGUGCAGGCCAGGGAUGCCACCAAGCGACGCCUCAGCUUCUCCCUGGCGGAGCAGAGCUAAUCCUCGCGGAUAUUCCUAUAUUAUUUUUACACAACACUUUUUUUUCAU